AUGAUCUCGCGUCGCGACAAAUUACUCCAGCAGCCGUGGGAGCAGCUGCGAUAUGCCCAGCAUCGCGAGAAGGUCAUGUCCGCCCGCCCGGCCAUCGAUACCCAUACGCCGCGCGCUCACGAGCACGUUCAGCGCAAGUGGAAGAAACAGCAGGUCGAGCGGGAGCGCCAGCAGCAAAUCGAACGGGAGAACCUGCGGCUGCUGCAGAAGCUGGGCGACAUUAUGCGCACCAAGCGCAUCAAUAACCUCUGGCUGGAGCCGCGACCCAAUUUUCUCAAUCGCGAGAAGCUCUUUCCCACACGGCCGUACUCCAGCCUUCCUGAAAUCGUUACCAUCUAUGGAAAGCAACCGCCAGGACCUCUCAUCUACGGCAUGCUGCCCAAACCGAAUGUCGUUGGCCGUUGCCCCACAUGCAGUGGCAAUCCGGAACGCACCGAAGUGGCCAUACCCGAACAGCGUACACCUUGGGCGCCGGAGAGAAAAUCCUGGAACCGAAAGACCCAGGAGGUGGCGAAGCAACAGCGCUGCUAUCACUGCGGCUCUGUGAAGACCAGCGAGCGCAAGUUUUUCGAGGAGUUCUCCUACUCCUACUCAUACGACGAAUGA